GCCAAGCCCAAUCGAUGUUUAUCUGAUCGCAUCACGUGCCGCCCCGCCAUCGGCGACGUAACCAGCUGGGACAAAUCGUCGAUCGCUGGUGUAAUCCCCCAACUUGUUUCCCUCAAUUGCCCCCAUCCGAAGUACUAGAGCAAUGCCCCAUCGAUGGCGAUGGCUUCAUCACCCGCAUUGUUCACGGCCUCUCGAGGCCAAACACUGACAUAUCUAUUAGCGGUCUGCCCCUUCUCCAUCGCAUUCCUCGUAUUUAUCAAUUCCUCCGUCUCAUUCGUGGUCACGGAUCUGAUCGGGCUGCACGAUGGUGAAGGCGACGCAGUUGGAACGCUAGGCUUUGCAGAUGAGCUACUCGCCCUCGCUGCUUGUCCGCUCUGGGGGGUUCUUUCUGAUCGCAUCGGUGUGCGCUAUGUGUGCGCUAUCGGGUAUGCGGUCAUUGCCGUUGCGUUGGUUCUUUUCGUGCAGGCCACGAAUGUAUACCCGCAACUAUUGCUGGGGAGGUUGCUCUUCAGUGUUGGUGGCUCGGCGGUGUCAACGAUGGUUACCGCCGUUCUGCCUACCGUGACGGGCAGGGCGUUGCGAGAGCAGACUAACCGGGCGUCGGUCUCAUCGGAGUUGACUAUUACCCCUGCACGGUUGAAUGGCCGGCAAAAUGGUUACCAUGCCGAUAGUGGUACCUCCCGUGCGUCGCCGUCAGCGAGACUGUCGGGGUUUGUUGGAUUGUUUGCCGGCUGUGGUGCUCUCGUAUCCCUCGGUGUUUUCUUGCCUCUCCCAGCUCGAUUUGAGAAACUGGGACUUUCUCCUGCGGAAGCCAUCCGACGAAGCUAUUAUCUGGUUGCUGCCGUGGCGAUUAUUAUCAGCCUGAUCAGCUUCAUCGGUCUUCGCAAUCUGCCUGAUGAGGAAGGGAAAGGAUUGCGGGCAUUAUGGAAUUCUCAACAUGCGGGUGACGUCGAUGAAGACGAUGAGGCUUUCGACGGGCCAGAAAGACUCCCAUACUGGAAACAACUGACCACAGCGCUCCUGUUAGGGUUUCGGAAUCGCAGUAUCGGCCUGGGCUACGUGGGAGGAUUCGUUGCCCGCGCGUCCUCGGUGGGAAUCUCAUUAUUCAUACCUCUGGCCGUGAACCACUAUUACCGCGUGUCGGGUCUUUGCGACGAAGCUCACGAGCCAAUGCCUAAUUCUGGGCUUGGAGAAAUAAGAAAGGCGUGUCCGCGCGCGUAUAUCCUGGCCUCCAUUCUCACAGGAGUAUCUCAAUUGAUUGCUCUCAUUGCUGCGCCGGCAUUCGGGUAUCUGACCGACAAGUCUCGGCGGUACAACGUGCCUCUGCUUGUUGCUGCCUUGGUCGGCGUGGUGGGAUAUCUUGCAUUCGGACUAUUACCCAACCCACAAUUCAAAGGCCCCGAUGGUAACGCAGGCGUCUUCAUCGUGAUGGCCCUCUUGGGUAUCAGCCAAAUCGGCGCCAUCGUCUGUAGUCUCGCCGUUCUCAGCAACGGGAUUCUGCAAGUAGGCGCUGACGACGACGCGCUACGUAAAAUCUGCGCCGAGCAGAGGGUCGAUCACGAGCGGACCAACGGUGGAGAAGGCGAGAACCAGCCCCUUCUGGCCCACUCUGUCAACCACCGACUGCAGCACCUGUCACACUUGAAGGGCUCCAUUGCCGGGGUGUACUCGUUGUACGGCGGAGCGGGAAUCCUGAUUCUCACCAAAAUAGGUGGAUUGCUCUUCGACGUGUUGUCCUCGGGAACACCGUUCUUCAUUAUGGCUUCGUUUAAUGGCAUUUUACUUGUGACGGGUAUUGUUUGUGGGAUUUUGAAUCAUGUCGCACGAUCAAAGGGAGUUUCGGGUUAGGUGCAAGAUUCAGGUUCAUUUAGAGGAAAAAGUUAGGUUGAAAAGAAACACUACAUAUGAUCACGAUUCAUUGACGAGU